AGUAGAGUAGAGCAGCCGCGCUGUAGGAGAAGGAGACAGAGAGAUAUCACACAGUAACAGAGACUUUAUUACACACGAUCUCAGGGAGCAAUACAGAGUAACAGCUCCAUGAUGGAGCUUCAUCACUCCAGCAGUGGAGGAGGAACCUCUGAUCCAAAGUUAAAGCAUGCAGAAUCUCCAGAACCCAGCUUUGUGUCUGUGGAGAGUGACCGGUCCUUGCCUGACCCUCCCGUAUUCAGCAGUGGAGGAGGAGAACCCAGCUGUGUGUCUGUGGAGAGUGACCGGUCCUUGCCUGACCCUCCCGUAUUCAGCAGUGGAGGAGAAGAACCCAGCUGUGUGUCUGUGGAGAGUGACCGGUCCUUGCCUGACCCUCCCGUAUUCAGCAGUGGAGGAGGAGAACCCAGCUGUGUGUCUGUGGAGAGUGACCGGUCCUUGCCUGACCCUCCCGUAUUCAGCAGUGGAGGAGGAGAACCCAGCUGUGUGUCUGUGGAGAGUGACCGGUCCUUGCCUGACCGUCCCGUAUUCAGCAGUGGAGGAGGAGAACCCAGCUGUGUGUCUGUGGAGAGUGACCGGUCCUUGCCUGACCCUCCUGUAUUCAGCAGUGGAGGAAGAGAACCCAGCUGUGUGUCUGUGGAGAGUGACCGGUCCUUGCCUGACCCUCCUGUAUUCAGCAGUGGAGGAGGAGAACCCAGCUGUGUGUCUGUGGAGAGUGACCGGUCCUUGCCUGACCCUCCCGUAUUCAGCAGUGGAGGAGGAGAACCCAGCUGUGUGUCUGUGGACAGUGACCGGUCCUUGCCUGACCCUCCUGUAUUCAGCAGUGGAGCUAUACCCUCUGACCCAGAGCUGAGCUCCACAGAACCUGCACUGCACAUAAACACUCUGUUGGAGGAAACUGGAGACCUGAAUCAGGAUUCAUACCAACCUGUGGAUGAUGAUCUACACAGAGUCUUACAGAGACACAAAACCAGCAUGAAGAACAAGUAUGAGAGCUUAUUUGAGGGAAUCAGAACAGAAGAGAAUAAAACCCUCCUGAACAGGAUUUACACUCAGCUCUACAUCAUAGAGGGAGAGAGUGAAGGAGUGAAUGAAGAACAUGAGGUUCUACAGAUGGAGAAAACAUCCAGGAGACGCUUACAAGACUCUCCAAUCAACUGCUUAGACAUCUUUAAACCUCUACAAGGUCCUGAAGGAGAAACACGAGAAGAGACCAUUAGAGCUGUGGAGGCUGACAGACUCAGACACAGAGAAAGAAAAGAUCACAGACCAGAAGAGCCAGAGCUCAGAGCUGUUCUGACUAAAGGCAUCGCUGGAAUUGGAAAAACUGUCUCUGUGCAGAAGUUCAUUCUGGACUGGGCUGAAGGAAAAGCCAAUCAGGAUGUAGAGCUCAUGUUUGUGCUUCCGUUCCGGGAGCUGAACCUGAUUAAAGAUGAUCAAUACAGUCUUCAUGGACUUCUGUGUGACUUCCAUCCUCAGCUCAAAGAUCUGGACCCAGAGAUUUAUGGUCAGAUCAAAGCUGUGUUUAUAUUUGAUGGUCUGGAUGAAAGCAGAAUUCCACUGAACUUUGAAGAGUGUGAGAAAGUAUCUGACAUCACCAUGACAUCAUCAGUGGGUGUGUUGAUGACAAACCUCAUCAAAGGAGAGCUGCUUCCCUCUGCUCUGAUCUGGAUAACCUCCCGGCCAGCAGCAGCCAAUCAGAUCCCUCCUAAAUACAUCAACCGUGUGACAGAGAUUCAGGGAUUCAGUGACCCACAGAAGGAGGAGUACUUCAGGAAGAGGAUCAGUGAUGAAGACCAAGCCCAGAGAAUCAUCUCCCACAUUAAGACAGUGAGGAGCCUCCACAUCAUGUGCCACAUUCCAGUCUUCUGCUGGAUCUCAGCCACUGUUCUUCAGAGAAUCAUGAAACAGCAUCAUACAGAAAUCCCUAAAACUCUGACUGAAAUGUACUCACACUUCCUGAUCACUCAGACCAACAUGAAGAAUGAGAAGUAUGAGGAGAAAGAUGAGAGAAACCCAAAGAACCUGCUGGAGUCCAACAGAACCAUCAUACUGAAACUGGCUGAACUGGCUUUCAAACAGCUGAUGAAGGGCAAUGUGAUGUUCUAUAAAGAGGACCUCAGAGAGAGCAGCAUUGAUGUCACUGAGGCCUCAGUGUAUUCUGGGAUUUUCACUGAGAUCUUUAGGGAGGAAUUUGUGUUUCACCAGAGGAAGGUCUACUGCUUUGUUCAUCUGAGCUUUCAGGAGUUCCUGGCUGCUGUUUAUGUGUUUCACUGCUAUGAGAUCAAGAACAUGAAGGAACUGCAGAUACUUAAACUCCAGAACAGAAAGUGGUCUGAGAAUGUUCCACUGGAUAAAGUGCUGAAGGGAGCAGUAGAUAAAGCCUUAGAGAGUCAGAAUGGACACCUGGAUCUUUUUCUUCGUUUCUUGAUGGGCAUCUCACUGGAGUCCAAUCAGAGACUCCUACAUGGUCUACUGACACCAACACAGAGCAGCUCAGAGAGAACCAGGGAGCACAUCAAGAGAUUAAUCAAAGAAAAUGAUAAAGAACAUUGCAUUUCAUCUCAGAGAUCCAUCAAUCUUUUCCUCUGUCUUUCUGAAGCGAAUGAUCAGUCAGUAUCCAGAGAGAUUCAGGCAUUUCUAAACUCAGAGAGACACUCAGAGGUGAAACUCUCUCCUGGACAGUGUUCAGCACUAGCCUAUAUGAUCCUGAGCUCAGAGGAGGAGCUGGAUGAGCUGGACCUGACAAAAUACAACACAUCAGAGGAGGGUUAUAGGAGACUGAUCCCAGCUGUGACUGCCUGCAGGAAAGCUCUGUAA